AGCAAGUCAGCCGCAUCACAGACAUUGUACAUAAUGGAGUCCGAAAGCCACCUAUAAAUGAGGAAAUAUAAGCUGAGAAACCUCAAACUGCUUCAUCUUUUAAGCAUUUGAAACCUUUGUCUCUUUAAAAAGAAAAAUAUUUACACAAAAAAUGGCUUCUGGAGCAGCUAUCAAACGCUCCGAGUCCAUAGCUGAUAACAUGCCGGACGCCCUGAGGCAGAGCCGGUACCACAUGAAGAGGUGCUUCGCUAAGUACAUCGAGAAAGGAAGAAGGAUAAUAAAGCUUCACCAUUUGUUGAGUGAAAUGGAGACAGUCAUAGAUGACAAAGCUGAAAGAACCCAAGUUUUGGAGGGUGUUCUUGGCUAUAUAUUAUGUUCAACUCAGGAAGCUGUUGUUAUUCCUCCACAUGUUGUCUUUUCAAUAAGACCAAAUCCAGGAUAUUGGGAAUUUGUUAAGGUCAGCUCUGAGGACCUCUCGGUUGAGGGCAUCACUCUCAGAGACUUCUUGAAAUACAAAGAAACUUUAUAUGAUGAGAACUGGUCAAAUGAUGAAAAUGCACUGGAGGUAGAUUUUAGAGCAAUUGAUUUCUCUACUCCUCACUUAACUCUAUCUUCCUCGAUCGGAAAUGGAAUCAAUUAUGUUACCAAGUUCGCCACUUCAAAGCUAGCUGGAAAACUGGAGAAUGCACAACCCCUUGUGGAUUACUUACUUUCACUAAAUCAUCAGGGAGAACAACUUAUUCUAAAUGAGACCCUCAACACAGCUUCAAAGCUUCAGGCGACACUGAUUGUAACAGAAGUGUACCUCUCAGCGCUUCCUAAGGACACACCAUUCCAAAAUUUUGAACUAAGGUUUAAGGAGUGGGGCUUUGAGAAGGGUUGGGGAGACACUGCAGAAAGAACAAAGGAGACAAUGAGAAUACUUUCGGAAGUACUACAGGCUCCAGACCCGUUGAUCAUGGACAGAUUUUUCAGUAGGCUUCCCACAAUAUUCAAUGUUGUAAUAUUCUCUCCUCAUGGCUACUUUGGUCAAGCAGAUGUUCUUGGCUUGCCAGACACUGGUGGGCAGGUAGUUUACAUUCUUGAUCAAGUGAAAGCUUUGGAGGAAGAAUUGCUUGUGAGAAUUAAGCAACAAGGACUUACUGUGAAGCCUCAAAUUCUUGUGGUGACACGACUCAUACCAGAAGCAAGGGGAACUAAGUGCAACCAGGAGUUGGAACCAAUCAACGGCACAAAAUACUCUAAGAUUCUUAGGGUGCCAUUUAGGACAGAGAAGGGAAUCCUACGCCGUUGGGUUUCUCGUUUUGACAUCUAUCCCUAUCUUGAAUUGUUUACACAGGAUGCUACUGCCAAAAUCCUCGACCUGAUGGAAGGAAAGGCAGAUCUUAUUAUUGGAAACUACACAGAUGGGAAUUUGGUGGCGUCUCUCAUGGCUAAUAAACUUGGGAUAACUCAGGCAACUAUUGCUCAUGCAUUGGAGAAGACCAAGUACGAAGAUUCAGACAUCAACUGGAAGGAGUUAGAUCAUAAGUAUCACUUCUCAUGCCAAUUUCUUGCUGACACAAUAUCCAUGAAUGCUACAGAUUUUGUCAUUGCAAGCACAUACCAGGAAAUUGCAGGAAGCAAAGACAGACCGGGACAAUAUGAAAGCCACACGGCGUUUACGCUUCCGGGGCUCUGCAGAGUUGUUUCAGGCAUCAGUGUAUUUGAUCCCAAAUUCAACAUUGCCGCUCCUGGGGCUGAUCAGUCUGUCUAUUUCCCCUACGCAGAGAAGCAGAAACGGCUCACUUCAUUCCAUCCUGCCAUUGAAGAACUACUGUUUAGUAAAGAGGAUAACAAUGAACAUAUCGGAUUUCUAGAGGACAGAAAGAUACCUAUCAUCUUCUCAAUGGCAAGGCUGGACAUAGUUAAAAACAUUACUGGGUUGGUUGAGUGGUAUGGGAAGAACAAGAGGCUGAGAAAUUUGGUUAACCUUGUUGUAGUUGGGGGCUUCUUUGACCCUUCAAAAUCAAAAGACAGAGAAGAAAUUGCAGAAAUAAAAAAGAUGCAUACACUGAUAGAGAAGUACCAACUUAGGGGUCAGAUCAGAUGGAUAGCAGCACAAACUGAUAGGAACCGAAAUGGAGAGCUCUACCGUUGUAUUGCUGACACAAGGGGAGCUUUUGUGCAACCUGCUUUGUAUGAAGCUUUCGGCCUGACUGUCAUAGAGGCAAUGAACUGUGGAUUGCCCACCUUUGCAACCAACCAAGGAGGCCCGGCUGAAAUCAUUGUUGAUGGGAUCUCUGGUUUCCAUAUUGAUCCCAACAACGGUGAUGAAGCAAGCAACAAAAUCGCUGAUUUCUUCGAGAAGUCUAAGACUGAUGCUGCAUACUGGGACAGAUUUUCAAAAGCAGGCUUGCAGCGCAUAUACGAAUGCUACACUUGGAAGAUAUAUGCAAACAAGGUGUUGAACAUGGGGAGCACUUAUACUUUCUGGAGGCAGUUGAACACAGAGCAGAAACAGGCGAAGCAAAGAUACAUUCAUAUGUUCUUCAAUCUCCAAUAUAGAAACUUGGUGAAGAAUGUGCCUAUCCCAAGUGAUGAACCUGAACAACCAGUAGUGCCAAAGCCAACUGCCAAACCAAAGACCACAUUAAGCACAAGACGCUCACAGCCUCGAGUAUAAAGGUUGUUUGGAGCCUAAGUUGAGGUCAUAUAAAGGGAGCUUGAUUGAGGAUUGCCAUUUGAGCUUCCAACUGCAAUGCUACCUCUUCUGUUUCCUAAACAUCAAUUCCCUAUUAAUCAUUUGCAAAGAAGAACUGUUGUUGUGUAAACAUUGAAGCAUGAGAGUUUGUUUCUGUGCAAUAAAAUUAUACCAAAUUUACA